AUGCCGGAGCGGAAGAUGCGUACAUCGGCCGCGCACCGCGGCUCCCGGUGCAACGGAUUCCGAACGUUACAAGGUUUGGAGGACGGUCUCUACCUGGCGUACGACCUGCAAAAGAGGUUUGAAGCGAACAAGGAGAGGGCAGUGUCAAGUAGACAAGGGCCGAGACAGAUGUUCACCAACCGACCGCCGAUUACGAGGCAGUGCAGCGUCGUCCCGAAGUCCAACGUGCCAAACGCUUUGCAGAACGGAAAAUUCUCCUUCUGGCGAGAUCUGCGGGGACCGUUUAAAAUUACGGGGGUAUAGAGAAUAAAAUGAUUGUCAUGUUGCGUAGUAAAACUUUCUCAUUUCAUAUUCAUUUUGGAUGGAUGCUGCUUGUGAUGAAUCAUCCAUAGAUGCGGGCAUACAACUUCUACGACUUCGACUAACAAUCUAGAAGUGACAUCAUCUUCAUCAUCAUGAAAAAUAACAAAACUGAAACUCAGCUCGCGAUUCUGGACGACCAGAGUCCAGAUUUCCAGGCGCUUUGCGAGGAGUCUGACAGCCUGCGAAACGUCCCACUAGCGGAAUUGAACGAGGUCUAUAAAAUCGAGUGGGAAGCGUACUUGAGUUACGAUGUGGAAAGGAAUUUCACGGACAUUGAAGACAGGAGAAUCUGGGGCAUUGCGGUGGUGAAAGUACCACUGAACUACAAAAAGGGCGCGCUGAAGGUAAAAAUUCUAAUUCAGUGAUUGAAAGAACCUACGAAAGUUUGUCUCACAUUUUAUUUCCAGCAUUUAUGCUAUCUUCUGCCUUUGUUCUCGUUAUAUAUGCAUUUUGAGGAGAAUCAUGCACCCACGUGCACGUCUACUUCGCGCAUGAGUCAUGACCAACAAGUUGAAGUGACAGCACACUCCCACAGGUCUAUAGUUGGGGAAAGCCAUCCUGCUUUGACAAAAAACUGGAAUUUCUUUUCAAGCCCGAGAGCAAGAAGCCUUUCGGGCCGACCAAGGGAAAACUGCCACCAGGUAAGUGGUUCUCCUGCUGGAAAAGACUACACUAUUUCUGUGAAAGAUGCAGGUGAGUGAAUGCAGCUAGAUGUUUACGCCCGGCUUAGGCUUUCUCGUCGUUUUGCUAACUAUGCUAUUGCAACACUUUAUAACUACACAGAUCAAUCGAGUCUGAAUCGCUCGCAGCGACUAAACUCUCCGACUAGCCGCGCGUCAGCCAGUGAUCUCGCCUCCACGGUAGCGUCUUGGGGAAUUUCUCCAAGUGACUCAACCUCGUUUGACGGUUACAGCACAGGGUCGACACACUGGCCGACGGUGCCGUUUGGUAUACUUGCUUUUCUACGAGUACAACUCCUAACGCACCAUGGUGAAACUACAACAAGACGAGAUGAACUCUGUCGUGCUACAGAUCAGCAUCUUUCUUUAUCGUUUCAGAUGGGUGCGACUAGUGCUACUUAGUGAUCAUUUGUCACGCGAACCCAUUACCAUUCCAGGUCGCCGCAGCCCCGCGGUCGCGUCAGACACGACGAGAAAAAGUCCGUUUGGCUCCCCCCUCGAUUCCACCGGAUCGCAAACCGGGUUGCUACCAAGGAGCUGCUCCUCCUCUCCGAGGACAAGGAGGACGCACAGCGCCGACUCAACGUCUGUGGACGUGGUGGAUAGGAGACGGAAGCUGAACCGAACUGGGGUGGAUUUGAUGACUGGAUGGCGGAAAUACGACCCGGCAAAGUCGUACUGACUGUUAACGGCUUUAUUGCUUUGCGAUGCGCGAUCCUUUUGCUUCUUGCGUGACCAAAUUAUAUUUGACUACAGCUUGUUGGUUCGACCACUUUGCUUUCAACUUCGUGAUGUGUGAAAGAACAAAAUCAAAAUCACCUCCACAGCAACAGCAACAGCUUCUACGGGUCGCGUGAGCUCUCCCACCGAAUCAUUAGUGACAACCUCUUCGCGAGCACCGGUCACGAGCUUGGGUUUUUCCAAAGCACGAGGGUUUAUGACACGCAGAAAAAGAUCUGGAAGCCGGCGAAGAAACAGCAGAAGUGCCGGUAUCUGGACCCAGAUUUCCACGACAGCUGCAUGCACGCAAGCAAAAUCAUGUCAGUGGACAGGUUACCAUUUCUAAGUGUCAUCCUGUAAGAUUGUACUGUCGUCGAGGGCCAGGACGAGAUCGUCCCGCCACGAAGACAUAAGCAGGAAGCAGUAGCAACACAAUCGCGAUACUUCAACUUCUUCAAAUAAUGAAUCAGCAGCUGAAAUUUACGAACAAGCUUCAUCUUCACAAAGACGUAAAGCGGACGGUGGACUACAGGACGACGCGUUUCGUUCCACCUUCGUGUGCGGGCUUCUACUACGCGUCGCAGACGUGAGAUAGAGUUUACCUUGUUUACCAGAAAUUAUCACAAUCAAAUUAUGCAACGAACCCUGAAUCCAUCCUUCUCCUUCUGUCAUCUGUAAAAUUAUGUAUUGUCAUUGAAUCAGAAUGAAUGUGCAAAAAUAGAUCCUGUCUACGAGGAGGUGGGGAUAGCGUUUUUCAAAUUUGGAGGCGCCGUCAACAUCGGCCUCGUGUGACGAGGCAGACGUAUCUACACGUAGAAUCUUAUUGUGACCACCACUACCACCCAAGAAAAUGACAGACCACAACGACACAAAUGUAUCGAGAUUUUUGCUGCGUUUUCAAGUGCAC